UCAGGUGAUGCUUCUUGCGUGACGUAUAAUGGACUGGACGGGACGCUUCUUCAGGAACAACAACACGGAUACUAUUUCAACCACGUCGGUAGCUUGCUAGCCAACAUAAAACUGAAAUAUUGACGUUUUAGGCCAUGUUAAUGUACAUUAGCUAAUCGCAGUGUAUAAAACACAUUUCAGUUGACGUUAACUUUAACCUAAUUUGCUUGUUCGAGUUGCAAAUGUGUUAAAGAUUGAUACUGAGCCUAGCACUAGGCUAUUCGCUAAUGCUAACUAGCUAGCUAACAUCCCUGACCAUGAGCUCAUUAAACUACUCAUCCCCUGCUAAAGAAGUGGAUGUCUGCUGUCCGGAGAAAGAAGCUCUGGCGCUGAAUAUAGUCGUGAAAGAUGAAGAGGAGGAUAUUACAGUGAAAGGAGAGAAAGAACCUUUCAGAAUGGAAGAGGAGGCUGUUAUAGGGAAAGAAGAGAAAGCAUCCUCUUCCUCUCUAAAAUGUUCUAUCUCAGUAAAGGUGAAGGAGGAAGACGUUUUGGGAGUGAAAGAGGAGGAGACAGAAUAUCAGAUUAACACCAGAGAGAGACAUGACUAUCGUGGAUCCUCUGGGGAGCCUCAACAACAUCCUGAUGCUGACGAGACAGAGAAGAGUCUCUCCAGAUCAGAACACCAGAUGGACAACGCUAGCCCUUCCUCCCUCCCGGAGUCCCCGUGUGGUGCCUCUCCCGGUAGCACCUUACUGCUGGGUAUGAAGAGGUUGUCUGUGCUGCUGGUGGACUGCAGGAAAACAAUGGGGCUGAGUGGAACUGUGAGAGGAGGAGAAGAGAAGAAAGGAUCAGAUUUGACUCAUCAAAGAGAGAGACAUGACUAUGGUGGAUCCUCUGGGGAGCUUCAACAACAUCCUGAUGCUGACGAGGCAGAGAAGAGUCUCUCCAGAUCAGAACACCAGAUGGACAACGCUAGCCCUUCCUCCCUCCCGGAGUCCCUGUAUCGUGCCUCUCCUGGUAGCACCUUACUGCUGGGUAUGAAGAGGUUGUCUGUGCUGCUGGUGGACUGCAGGAAAACAACGGGGCUGAGUGGAACUGUGAGAGGAGGAGAAGAGAAGAAAGGAUCAGAUUUGACACAUCAAAGAGAAAGACCAGACUCAGAGGAACCAGAGCCAGGGACGUCCAAACCAGCAAGACGACACCAGUGCUCCCAGUGUGGACAGUGUUUCAACCAGAAAGCACAACUGAAACAACAUGAGAGGAUACACACAGGGGAGAAGCCUUACCACUGCUUCCAAUGUGGAAAGUGUUUCGGCCGUUCGGGGGCGCUGAAACAACAUGAGAGUAUACACACAGGAAAGAAGCCUUACCACUGCUCCCAAUGUGGAAAGUGUUUCGCCCGUUCGGGGGAGCUGAAAGAACACGAGAGAAUACACACCGGAGAGAAGCCGUACCACUGCUCCCAAUGUGGAAAGUGUUUCACCCGGUCGGGGAAGCUGAAAGAACAUGAGAGAAUACACACAGGAGAGAAGCCGUACCACUGCUCCCAAUGUGGAAAGUGUUUCGCCAGUUCGGGGGAGCUGAAACUACACGAGAGAAUACACACAGGAGAGAAGCCUUACCACUGCUCCCAAUGUGGAAAGUGUUUUGUCCGUUCCGGGGACCUGAAACAACAUGAGAGAAGACACACAGGAGAGAAGCCGUACCACUGCUCCCAAUGUGGAAAGUGUUUCGCCCGUUCGGGGGAGCUGAAACUACACGAGAGAAUACACACGGGAGAGAAGCCUUACCGCUGCUCCCAGUGUGGAAAGUGUUUCACCCGGUUGGGGAAGCUGAAAGAACAUGAGAGAAUACACACCGGAGAGAAGCCGUACCACUGCUCCCAAUGUGGAAAGUGCUUCACCCGGUCGGGGAAGCUGAAAGAACACGAGAGAAUACACACAGGAGAGAAGCCGUACCACUGCUCCCAAUGUGGAAAGUGUUUCGCCCGUUCGGGGGAGCUGAAACUACACGAUAGAAUACACACAGGAAAGAAGCCUUACCACUGCUCCCAAUGUGGAAAGUGUUUCGUCCGUUCAGGGGACCUGAAACAACAUGAGAAAAUACACACAGGAGAGAAGCCUUACCACUGCUCCCAAUGUGGAAAGUGUUUCAAGCGGUCGGGGGAGCUGAAACAACAUGAGAGAAUACACACAGGAGAGAAGCCUUACCACUGCUCCCAAUGUGGAAAGUGUUUCGUCCGUUCAGGGGACCUGAAACAACAUGAGAAAAUACACACAGGAGAGAAGCCUUACCACUGCUCCCAAUGUGGAAAGUGUUUCAAGCAGUCGGGGGAGCUGAAACAACAUGAGAGAAUACACACAGGAGAGAAGCCUUACCACUGCUCCCAAUGUGGAAAGUGUUUCAACCGGAGAGGAAACUUGAAACAACAUGAGAGAAUACACACAGGAGAGAAGCCUUACCACUGCUCCCAGUGUGGAAAGUGUUUCAACCAUUCGGGGAUGCUGAAACAACAUGAGAGAAUACACACAGGAGAAAAUUCUUACCACUGCUCCUAGUGUGGAAAGUCUUUCAACCGGAUAGGAAACCUGAAACAACAUGAGAGAAUACACACAGGAGAGAACUCUUACCACUCCUCCCAGGGUGCAAAGCUUUUGCCCAUUUAGGAAGCCUGAAAGAACACAUUAGACUGCACACAGAGGAGAAGGAGAAAAGAAGAAAAGCUCAGACUGUGACUCAUAACAGUCAUUUAAACGUCAUUAGAGAAUGCACACAGGACAGAGAAAUUACUUCUCUUAGCGUGUAUAUUUAUAUACAUCACAUUGACUUAAAAUUCAUCAGAGAACAUACACAGUGCUCCCGUUGUCUUAUAUUGUUGACUGACAAUGUGUUUACCUGUCUUUACCAUAUGUAAUUAAAUGGUACAGGGUAUACUCAAACAUAUAUUUGUUUGUUUUUAUUAGAAAACAUGAAUUGAAUAUGGAGUCUGUCAUUUUGAAUAUAAAGAAGAUCAGGUUCCUUCUUUUAAACUGUCCUUUUUUAAACUCUUUGUGUGUGUUUAUCUGGGUGUGUCAUUCCUCCAGCACUACAGAUAAUCAAGUGAUAUUUGGAUGUGAUGCAUUAGUUCCAUUGUUGACAUUUGCAUUGUAGCCCACUGAUGAUUUAAUGAAAUGAAAAUGUUCAGACUCUGUAAUGGAAAAUGUUAAUUGUUUGUGUGUCCACAUAACUGAGUAUGUGACUAACCUUGUGAAACUGUCCUAUUAUAAGCUCCUGUUCUUGGGAGUAUCAUCCUGUGUUGCAAACCAAUUUGCACCUGUGUCCUUGUAUGAAUAAAGUCCCGCCCAGGAACAGGAAACUAUAAAGAUAUUUGCUAAUCACUCAAUGCUUCAGGAAUUCAGACUGUCUACACUGCGCUGUGUAACUCUGUUAUUCUCUCUGAGCUCAGAAAUAAAGAAUCUUGGUUUGA